AUGACCUCAAGGUUGGCCAAUAAAUUGUUUCUAGAUAAGGUGAGAAAGACACCUUCAAUGAAUGUACAUGAGCUACUUACCAAAGUAACUGAAGAGCUCAAAUUAGAUUUUUCCUUAAAAAAAGGAUACAGGACACUUCAAAAAGUUAGAGCUGCAAUUGAAGGGUCCCAUGAGAAACAGUAUGAAUUGCUAGAAGACUUUUGUGGAGAAUUGAGAAAAGCAAAUCCAGGGUCUACUGUCUUUGUAGAGACUGAGGUUGAUGAUGAAGGAAUUUCUAGAUUCAAGAGGUUGUAUAUGUGUCUAGAGCCAUUGAAACGGGGAUAUUUAGCAGGAUGUAGAUGUUGGAUUGGAAUGGAUGGGUGCUUCUUAAAGGGUCCUUACGGUGGACAACUUUUGACAACCGUCGGCAUGGAUGCGGAUAAUAAAAUGUAUCCUUUGGCAAUAGCAGUGGACUUGAGAAUUUCAAAUUCAAAGAAUUGGUGCAUAAUGACUGAUAAACAAAAGGGACUGGUCCAAGCAGUUAGAGACAAACUCCCGGAGGCUGAACAUAGGUGUUGUGCUCAACAUUUGUACUCCAACUUCAAACUCAAUCAUAGGGGCUUAGCACUAAAAGAUAGGUUGUGGAGAUGUGCAAGGGCAUCAUAUAUGAACCAGUUCAUACGUGAAAUGGAGUUGCUUAGGCAACAAUCCGAACUUGCACAUCAAUGGCUGGCUGACAAAGACCCUAAAACAUGGUCAAGAUCUCAUUUUAGGGCUGGUAUGGACUGUGACAUUCUGGUUAACAACAUGUCUCCUUUGUCCGAGAAUUUUGAGAUACUUGAGAAAGCAAAAAGGGAUCAAAGCACGUGUAUUGCCUCUUAUGCGGGGACAAAUAGGUACCGAGUAUCUUGUCCCUUUGGUGAGCAAUUUGUUGUUGAUAUGGCUGGCAAAACUUGUAACUGUCGCAAGUGGCAACUGAGAGGAAUUCCUUGUGGUCAUGCUGCUGCAUGCAUUAAUAGAAGGCAUGAGCAACCUGAGUAA